GCUCUGGGCUAUAGGAAAGCAAAGAAACACUUUUUACAACAUUUUUCAAGUCUAUUUUACAAAGACAACAUACAUGGUUUUAUACAGCCUCAAAACGAGACCCUUGACUUUCCAUGAGACAUUUCAAGAGUUGUAACCUUCAUACUUUAUGACUGUAAUUAUCCACUCUAUAAAUGUAGCCUAAAAGUAAAUAAAAAGUCUUAAAACUUAAAAUAUAAUUAUGGAACACUCUAAAUCUAGAUUAUCAUCUACCCAAGAAUUUGUAACCAUUUAAGAAUAAAUGAAGUCUCACUUGACGUAGCUUGAAUUUAUUGUUGCAUAAAUGAAGUUUGAUUCUUCUUUGAUGUGACAUAAAUUGCAAAUUGAGUUUAUUUCGUGUUAAUUUGAACAACAUUUUUUACAUCUUCUUUGAAAUUCAUAUUACAUGAUUAGGAUGCCUUGAUUCAUAUCAUUCUCCACUCCUUCCAGAGGAUUCGUCCUCAAAUAUAUUUGUGAAACUUUGGUGCAAAAAAAUAAGUUAGGAGAAACAACCAAACAAAACCAGUGUGAGAACCAAAAAUAAAAGGCAGCAACAACCAAUCUUCGAGGUGGCAGUAAGAAACGAAGACAAGAUUAUCCUGAAGGCAAACUAACAUCGAAAACAAUCAGGAGGCAAACAAAGAGUCUGAAGCAGCGAGACAACCAAAACAACGCUUCAACGGGCACAAAACCAUUGAUCGAAAAACCUUGAGAAAGAAACAACUUUGUGGCAAACCAAUGAUAGGAAAAUGUAAUAAAUAAUAUUAAGAGAUCCAAAUCUUCAACGAAGAAACGCUCAUCUCCAAACCAAAUACAAAAAUACUUAUUGUCAAUACAACAACCACUAUGCUCCUUGACAAAGUGACUUUGAUAAACAACCAGGAAAGAAAAGAAUCUCACAAAACCAAACCAAACCACACUUUCUUAAAGGUAUGGAGAACCCAACCAAAGGAGCAAACCAACACUCUAAACUGAAGGAGAAAAAGAAUUUGGUGAUGGAGAAGAACGGUGAAGAAGAAUGAUUGGCGAUGAAUGAAGUAAACGGGUAGGAGAAAAGAAAUCCCAAAAAUGUCUAAGAACCCACAAUGAUGGUGGAUGGCGCAACGAUUGACGAUAAUGCUUAUCUUAUUUAUCUUUUAAAAAUUAAACUAGUUUUCUAUUGAAUGCUAUAAUUGAUUGUAAAUUGCAAUGUUGUAUUGUUUAGUACUUCCUAUUUAUUUUUUAAAAAAAAUUAUAGUUUUUUUUUUUCUAAAAAAAUGCAACUCAGUUGUAUAUAGUGGGGUAUACUCCCUUCUAACAUGACUUUCUUUCUUUCCUCUUUUUGGUGGCAGUGUGGUAUUAGUGUGUAAUACUAGUUCUUUAGCUCAACAUGAAGCAAAUUUGCAGAAUCGUGUGAUGCUUGUGCCUUCUUACUCUGAUGAAUUAAUGGCCGAUCAUUCUUUAAUUGUAUCUGAGGCUGAUCAUUCUUUAAUUGUAUCUGAUGCUGAACUUAGUCUGGUAGAUCACACCCUGGUUAUUGGACAAGAAUUUCCUGAUGUUGAAACUUGCCGGAGAAUGUUGAAAGAUAUUGCUAUAGCUAUGCAUUUUGAUAUUCGAAUCGUUAAAUCUGAUCGUAGUCGGUUUAUAGCCAAAUGCUCCAAGGAAGGUUGCCCUUGGCGCGUGCAUGUAGCAAAAUGCCCUGGAGUUCCAACCUUUACAGUUAGAACCCUACAUGGCGAGCAUACUUGUGAAGGUGUUCGUAAUCUUCAUCAUCAGCAAGCCUCUGUGGGAUGGGUUGCCAGAUCUGUGGCAGCACAAGUACGAGAUAAUCCACAGUAUAAACCCAAGGAAAUUCUCCGGGAUAUCCGCGAUCAGCACGGAGUUGCUGUAUCCUACAUGCAAGCUUGGCGUGGGAAAGAACGUAGCAUGGCUGCACUUCAUGGAACUUUUGAAGAUGGGUAUCGCCUUCUUCCUGCUUAUUGUGAACAAAUAAGGAAAACAAACCCUGGAAGUUUUGCUUCAGUUUUUGCAACUGGACAAGAAAAUUGCUUCCAGCGAUUGUUUGUUUCAUAUCGUGCUUCGAUAUAUGGGUUUAUAAACGCCUGUAGACCGCUUCUUGAGCUUGAUAAAGUACAUCUUAAAGGAAAAUACUUAGGAGCCUUACUGUGUGCUGCGGUUGUUGAUGCAGAUGAUUCAUUGUUCCCAUUAGCUAUUGCAGUUGUUGAUGUGGAUAGUGAUGAAAAUUGGAUGUGGUUCAUGUCAGAAUUGCGAAAGCUUCUUGGGGUAAAUACUGAUAGUAUGCCUAGAUUGACAAUACUAUCCGAAAGACAAAGAGGCAUGGUUGAGGCAGUCGAAACACAUUUUCCGAGUGCCUUUCAUGGAUUCUGUCUGCGUUAUGUAAGUGAAAAUUUUCGCGAUACGUUUAAAAACACGAAGUUGGUCAAUAUUUUUUGGAAUGCUGUUUAUGCUCUCACUGCAGCUGAAUUCGACAGCAAAAUUGCUGAGAUGGUGGAGAUCUCACAAGAAGUAAUAACAUGGUUUGAACACUUCCCUCCCCAACUGUGGGCUGUAGCAUAUUUUGAAGGUGUGCGGUAUGGCCAUUUUACAUUAGGGGUUACAGAGUUGUUGUAUAAUUGGGCACUCGAGUGUCACGAGCUCCCCAUCGUGCAGAUGAUGGAACAUAUUCGUAACGAAAUGGCAUCUUGGUUUAAUGAGCGGCGUGAAAUGGGAAUGAGAUGGACCUCCAUUCUCGUACCCUCUGCCGAGAAGCGGAUCACCGAAGCAAUUGCAGAUGCUCGUUGUUAUCAAGUACUUCGUGCAAAUGAAGUUGAAUUUGAAAUCGUCUCAACUGAGCGGACAAAUAUCGUGGAGAUACAUAGUCGUGUGUGCUCCUGUCGUUGUUGGCAAUUGUAUGGUCUGCCUUGUGCUCAUGCUGCAGCUGCUCUAAUGUCAUGUGGGCAGAAUGCUCAUCUAUUUGCCGAGCCAUGUUUCACCGUUGCUAGUUACCGUGAAACGUAUUCUAAAAUGAUAUACCCAAUCCUCGACAAGAGCCUGUGGAAGGAAUCGGGCGAAGGAGAAGGAGGUGCGAAGGUUGAUAUCACAAUACGCCCUCCCAAAAUUCGUCGCCCACCGGGAAGGCCGAAAAAGAAAGUUCUGAGAGUUGAAAACUUGAAGCGCCCAAAGAGGGUUGUACAGUGUGGUCGUUGCCAUUUGUUGGGACACUCUCAAAAGAAAUGCACAAUGCCAAUGGGACAUUAAGGAGAUUGUCGAAUAUAUUAUCUUCCAUUAGAAAUGCAAUAGAAUUAGUGUAAUGUGCAAUAUUAAUUCUCUUGUAACCUAUAGUUGCAAAAUAAUGUACUAAGUUAUUUUUUGCCUAA